AGAUCAUGUAGUUGUGAACAGCGAGUUGAAAGUUGUUGAUGUUCUUUCUCUCGCCACAGCAACCCGUGGUUUCAAAGAACCGGAAGCAUUUGGUGUUCACUCUGUAAAUGUUCAGUACCAAGAGGACACACAUGCAGGGUUUAUCAAACAAGUUACCAUGCUGAAAAGAAAGAAGAAGGAUAUACAUGCGAACUGUGUGGAAGAUUUUAUAAUCAAAAACGUAAACUUCGUACUCACCUACGAAACAGGCACAAAGGCUUUCGUCUUCAGGAGGAUGAGGGGUAUAUGUGUUGGCAAUGUUGGCAAGCGUUUCCUGAGAUAAAGAUCUUGGAAGAACAUAUUGUACAAGUUCAUGGUCAAGACAGCCGGCGUCAAAAUUCAACAUGGCGACCAUUCACACAGCCUUCAGCGCUUCCUCUAGACGACAUAGACGGUGAAGGUGGAAGUCCAGAGCUGAGCCCCACUCCUGUUGAAAACAGACGUACUAGUAGCGAAAGUGAUGUAGUCCAAAGUCUAAAAAGAGUCAAUUCAGGUCAUCAUUAUGAAGAUGGAUCACCUGGGAAGAAACCAUGUCCCUCAACAGGAAAUGGCAUCAUCAAUGUUGCCGAGGUGAAUGGAAAAAUUGUUGUGACAAACACACCGUUGCCUGUGAAAGCCACUCAUUAUCCCCAGGCGAACAAUGUUAACCCUCUUGGUACUAAUGAUUCCCUGCCUGUGGCUGCUGUUAAACCUACACAGAAAGAUCUCAGCUCUUUGUCUACUUUAGUAUAUGGAAAUGACGGCAAGGAAGUUGAUAAUGGAGUGACAGAGUUUGGGCAAAAUGUUCCGGCUGUAAACACGGAGUCAACUGCUGAUAUCUCGAAGAACGUUGAAGGCUGUUCUUCGAAAGUGUUUUGCCCCGUUUGUGGAUUGUCUUUCAGUAAUAAAGCCAUUUUGGAUUUUCAUAUUUCAGACAUGCACGACAAAACUUUACGCUGUUUCUACUGCUCGGCUCCCUGCGAUAACAAGGAUAUUUUGUCCUUGCACAUAAAGACUGUUCAUACAGAAGAAAUGAAAAGCGGACGCUGCCCUGUAUGUCAAUGUAAAUGCCUUACUGAAUUACAUCAGCACAUCGCUCAAUAUCACGGUAAAGAUUUUCUCUCGCGUAAUUCCCCCGAGAACGUGUUAUCCACGUGUCCCAUAUGCAACGUCACGACCACCGAUUACUAUCAUCUCCGCUGGCACAUAUUACGGGAGCAUCGCGGAGACGAGCUAACCAAAGAGCUUCCUGACGGCUUAAGAGAAGAAGCAUGCAGUGAUAGCGGGAGUUGUGAGAGCAAUGAGGGUUCCCAAAUGAUUAAUGGUAAUGUAGGUAAAGGUUUAUCGGGGAACAAUGGGGAACAUGGACUUAAUGAGGAAAACACUUCAGGCUUAGAAAUUGUAUUUGUGUCUGACAAAAAUGGAAAGUCUGAAGAGAUUAAAAAAUGCGCGGGAAAAUCGCUAACCAAUGGUGUUCUCUCUAACCACGCGGUGAACUCUGAUUUGUCAAAGCCUUUGACCAAUGGCAUUCAUGCGGUUAGUAGCGCAAGUCACGAUUGGCCAAUUAACGGGAACGAUGCGAAACACGAGUCAGCGGUUAAUCACGUUACAGCAGACGUACAAUCAGUGAAGGAGAAUGGGGAAACAAGUAAUGACAAGCAUGGAUAUGAUAGGAUUAAUAGCGAUACCACUGCCGUAGAGAACGAAAGGAAAACUACAGAACAUGACUGUGAGAGUAUGAACAUAGACACAUGUAUAUUUUGUUUCAAGACUGUAUCAAAGGAUAAUCUUACAUCCCAUCUUCAAGCAGACCACGGACUUGUCAAUGUAUACAACUGUUCACUAUGCUCCAUUACGGCCAAAAAUUAUGUAGAAAUUUUUCAACAUUUCUGCCUCAUGCAUUUCCAUCCGACAGAUUCAUGCACUAAUGACGUCAUCCCCAAGUGUCAGAAAUGUGACAUCACUUUCCAAAACGUUGAUCAUUUGAAGAAACAUGCCUCGGCGCUCCACUCGUACCAGAUCUCCAGGAAGGACGCGGCCGGGGAAACAUUCAAAUGUCGUCAUUGCAACAUCGUCUUCGAGAAAGAGAUCGACGCGCAGAAACAUUUCAAUGUCUACCAUUUGCAUCGCGUGCGUUUUAAAUGCGAGUCCUGUCGUAUGGGUUUCACCACGCGACAUGAUUUCCAAGAGCACGUUGCCUGCAACCACCCGGAGUUGGUGAAAAGCUUCUGCCCGGUAUGCGGGCUGGGUUUCGAGGUGAGAAGUGACCUGGAUGAACACGUGUCAGAGAUGCAUCGAAGUAAGGCUAAAUAUCUCUGUGCCGAAUGCGGCAACGAGUUCGCAGAUCGUUUCCACGUUCAUCUUCACAUCCGGUCCAACUGCUGCGUUGCGUGGGCGGACAGGAAUUUUGAAUGUCUUGAUUGCUCUACAAAUUUCUCGUCGAUUUCCGAACUCCGUAUUCAUUGUAAAGUGAGCGAGUGCAAACAGACUAUCAUAAAAAACUGAGGUGUUAUUUUCUUGUUUCUUCGUGUAACUCGCGAUGCAUUUCGCGAAGGGUUACAUCAAGUAACAGUCAUGUUGAUGUAAGACGACCGCUGUCAUUAUGCGGGCAAAUCACUCCUGCUUUUAAAGGUGAGAUCAAUUCGCGGGUUGGGGUAUUUUACAUUUGGUGGUAAGCAAAUUUAUGAAAGAUUUUUUUGAUUUGGUACCUUUCUCUACUUCAUAAGUUACAAGAAACCGACCAUGUUUUUUUAUGACAUCAGUGUAAUUCACUGUUAAAAGAUAAUAUUUCGACUACGUUUGAAGUAGAAAGGUGCUUUUCCCUUAACGACUGUUUGUGCAACAACAAACAAGAUUUUCGUCGUACUAUUGCUGAAUUUUGACGAGUCCUGUUCGGACGAAACCAUGUAGUAGCGUUGUUAUUUAUUGAAUGUACUGACAAGAACUCGGGAACUUCGUUCGCUUAGAAUUUUUUACGGUUAAGUUAUUGGAAAUUCCUGGUUCGACUGUUGAACGGAAGGUGAUUUGGGUGUUUUAGUUCGAUUUGAAAAUCUCUCCGUUUUACUUAUUGCUAAAGUCCGUGCACCUAGGAACAUUUUUAUUUCAGGCAAUGAUAACCUGCGUACGGGUGUAUGCAAUGUUGAAAAAAUUCUUUCCCAAGAAACGCUGCUUCGUACAAGCUCCAGAGAACUGCUUUCAAUUCCGUUUUGUAUCAUCUUUUAUGGAAUUUUUAUGAUUUUUGGCUGAAUGAACUUAGACACAAAAUGCAAGCAACUAUAUUAAAGAUACACCUCGGCUGUGAAUAAUUCGUUCCACAAAAUCUUCUCAAAUUAGGUAUUUGAGAAUUGAAAUAACAAAGUGCCAUUAAUUUUCGGUGAAGUAGUAUAAUUUAUGCGAAAUCUCAAACGGAUGUGACGUAUGCAGGGGCAAACUUCUUCAACAUUGCAUACAAACCUGAUACACACGAGAAGUAUGGAUCUAUGACGUAAUCUAUGGUGACACGCAAAUUCCUCACCCCUCCCCCCUUCCUUUCCACCAAUUGUGUUUAAAACAGUUUCUUAAGCAAGAGAUGUGAUCAACACUCCACGCUAGGCCGAUGCCGAUUCUUAUAAAAUGUUCUUGCCACUCGUUUCUACGUCAUGUGUCACGUCAUAUGUUACGUCAUAUGUGACGACAUAUGUGAUGUGUAGUUAAGACUAAAUGAAAUAGACAAUAGCUAUGACCUCCCCCACCUUCCGUAAAAUAACAGUCGAAUCCGGAUCUGUUUCCCAAGUGUGUGCGAAUUUGUGAAGUUUUUUGGACUGCUGACGAAGCUUAGGAAAGCUCAGCUUUAUAGAUAUUUAUGACGACAUAGUUGUUGUAUUAAAAUUGUGGAAAUGAAA